AUGCUUGUUCUAUGCCUUGCACUUUCUAAAAUUCAAACCCUUAUCCGUACGAACCUCCCUACUUUGCUUUCACUUCAACAUUGUUCUUUCCGACAUUCAUUCCCUCAGUUCCUCAGUUUUUACCCAGCUCAAGAUGUGUACUCUUGCAAUGUCAGGAUUGGUGAUUUGUUGCGUGCCGGCCAAAUCGAAGCAGCCCGGAAAUUGUUCGAUGAAAUGCCAACAAGAGACGUAGUUACAUGGAAUUCAAUGGUCACUGGCUAUUGGCAAAAUGGGUACCUCGAAAAAUCUAAAAGGUGGUUUGAACUGAUGCCCUUGAGAAACGUGGUUUCUUGGAAUUUGAUGAUUGCGGGUUGUGUCGAGAAUGAUAGGAUAGAUGAUGCUUACAUGUACUUUAGCGCGAUGCCUGAGAAAAAUAUUGCAUCAUGGAAUGCAAUGAUUUCUGGGUUUGUCAAGUACGAUAGGAUUGACGAAGCUGGUAGGCUGUUUGAAGAGAUACCUGUUAGGAAUGUGAUAUCCUAUACUGCGAUGAUUGACGGGUUUGCGCAGAGCGGAAAGAUAGAGCAGGCGAGGAUGUUGUUUGAUUGUAUGCCGCAAAGAAAUAAUGUUUCCUGGACAGUAAUGAUUAGUGGGUAUGUUGAGAAUGAAAGAUAUAAGGAGGCUAGGGAAUUGUUCUGUCAAAUGCCUAAAAAGAAUGUUGUUACCAUGACAGCUAUGAUCACAGGGUAUUGUAAGGAAGGAAAGAUAGAGGAUGCCAGGAUUUUAUUUGAAGAAAUUGUGUGUAAGGAUUGUGUCUCUUAUAAUGCCAUGAUAACAGGUUUUGCACAAAAUGGAAUCGGUGAGGAGGCACUGCAGUUACACAUACAAAUGCUCAGAAGGGGUUUUCAACCAGAUCAGUCCACCCUUGUUUCAGUUCUUACUGCCUGUUCUAAUCUUGCAUCACUAAGAGUGGGAAGACAAACUCAUGCACUUGUUCUUAAACAUGGGUUGGAUUCACAUAUCUCUGUAUGUAAUGCUCUGAUUACCAUGUACAGGAGAUGUGGUGGUAUUCUUGACUCUGAGUUAGCAUUUCAACAGAUCGACCAUCCCGACCUUGUUUCAUGGAACACCAUCAUUGCUGCUUUUGCACAGCAUGGACUGUAUGCGAAAGUUCUAGCUUUUUUCAAGCAAAUGGAAUUGAAUGGAUUCAAUCCUGAUGGGAUAACAUUUCUUAGUUUGUUAUCUGCAUGUGGUCACGCAGGAAUGGUAAAUGAGAGCAUGUUCUGGUUUGACUCAAUGGUUAGAAAUUAUGGGAUAGUCCCUAGGUCUGAGCAUUGUGCUUGCUUCGUCGAUAUACUUGGUCGAGCGGGUAAGGUGGAGAAGGCUUACCAAAUGAUCCAAGAAAUGCCAUUUGAAGCCGAUUCUGGAGUUUGGGGUGCACUUCUUGCAGGCUGUCAUGCUUAUUUAAAUGUAGAGCUCGGGCAACUAGCUGCAGAGAGAGCUGUGGAAUUGGAAUCUAAGAACUCUGGGGCUUAUGUUAUGUUGUCUAACAUUUAUGCUGCUGCCGGUAUGUGGAGGGAAGUUACAAGAGUUCGAGGUUUGAUGAAAGAGCAAGGUGUUAAGAAGCAACCGGCAUAUAGUUGGAUAGAGACUGAAAAUAAAGUCCAUCAUUUCAAUGGAGGAGAUAUAUCUCAUCCAGAUAUUGGAGAGAUUCAUUCAGAGCUCAAGAGGAUCAACUUGCAGAUGAAAGCCAUGAAUGACAUUGAGGAUAUAGUUUCUGCAUAUAGCAAUUUUAGUUGAACACACCUCCAUGGGUACCUCUGAUUUGAUGAAGGAAGAAAGGUUUGGGCUUGGAAGAUUUGUAACUUCUCGGAUAACUGCAGGAUAAAAAUUUGCAGAUGGCAAUUAAAAAGAGAGAUUUAUGUGCUGAAAGUGUAUGCAGAAGACUAUGAUAUAUUGAUAGGCAAAUGGCAAUAUAUAUGGGGUGAAGGAAAGCAGCUUUGCAUGACAAGAUUGAGCAUCCCUGAAGUUGCAGAUUGUCAUUUUUUUUUUCUCGGAGUCAUUGACAAUAAUUAUUUGGGAAUCAUCGAGAAUCUGCGCUAUUGUGAUUUGGACGUCAGGAGUUCAUCAGAUUUUAGUCAUAGUAUGAACUAAUGUUGCAAUGCAAUUUUAGAGCAAUUCAAGAACUCAUCAUAAUACAAGGAAGGCAGCGGUGAAUGUGGAUGUCGGUUGAUCUUAUUGGGACGCCACGUCGAACCAGAAGUCAGGAGGAACUCAUCGACAAAUGACUGGAUCAGUUUAUGUUUCAGUUAUUGUAGUACCUGUGUCGUUG